AUGACACUCGCCUCCGAUCCGUCCGCGCCCCCGCGGGGCAUCCGCAUCGCCAUCGACCGCGGCGGCACCUUCACCGACUGCGUGGGCACCUACGACGGCCGCGACGUCGUCAUCAAGCUGCUGUCCGAGGACCCGGCCAACUACGCCGACGCGCCGCUCGAGGGCAUCCGCCGCAUCAUGGCCCACUUCCUGGGCGCCGACCUGCCGCGCGGCGCGCCCCUCGACACGUCCCGCAUCGAGUCCAUCCGCAUGGGCACCACCGUCGCCACCAACGCCCUGUUGCAGCGCAAGGGCGAGCCCAUCGCCCUCGUCGUCACCAAGGGCUUCGGCGACUGCCUCGUCAUCGGCAACCAGUCGCGCCCGCGCAUCUUUGAUCUGGCCAUCCGCAAGCCCGACGUGCUGUACUCGGCCGUGGUUGAGGUGGACGAGCGCGUGACGCUGGAGGACUACGCCGAGGACCCGGAGCGGCGGGUCACCAGGGUGGACGUGAAGGUGGGCAGCCCCGAGGCCGCCUCGGCCGAGCUGGUCAUGGGCCUGUCGGGCGAGGCCGUGCGGGUGCUACGGCGGCCGGACCGGGACGCCGUGCGCGCGCAGCUGCAGCGCGUGUUCGACAGCGGCAUCCGGAGCAUCGCCGUGUGUCUGAUGCACGCGUACACGUUCCCGGACCACGAGGCCCUGGUCAGCGAGGUGGCGAGCGAGAUCGGGUUCCAGCACAUCUCGCUCAGCCACGAGCUGAUGCCCAUGAUCAAGCUGGUCUCGCGCGCCACGUCGGUGUGCGCCGACGCCUAUCUCACGCCGGCCAUCAAGCGGUACAUCGACGGCUUCCAGCGCGGCUUCGAGGGCGGCCUGGGCACCAAGAGCGUGAAGGAGGCGGCGGCCGGCAGCAAGGGGGCGCGGUGCGAAUUCAUGCAGAGCGACGGCGGGCUGGUCGACGUCGACAAGUUCACGGGCCUGCGAGCGAUCCUGUCCGGCCCCGCCGGCGGCGUGGUCGGGUAUGCCAUCACGUCGUACGACGAGCGGACCAAGAUCCCCGUGAUCGGCUUCGACAUGGGCGGGACGAGCACCGACGUGUCGCGGUACGGCGAGGGCCGGUACGAGCACACGUUCGAGACGACGACGGCCGGCGUCACCAUCCAGUCGCCGCAGCUCGACAUCAACACCGUUGCCGCCGGCGGUGGGUCCCGGCUGUUCUUCCGCAACGGCCUGUUCGUGGUCGGGCCCGAGUCGGCUGGCGCGCACCCCGGCCCGGCAUGCUACCGCAAGGGGGGUCCCGCUACCGUCACCGACGCCAAUCUGUUCCUCGGCAGGCUGCUACCGGAGUUCUUCCCCAAGAUCUUUGGCAAGAACGAGGACGAGGGCCUGGAUCCCGAGGCUAGCAGGGAAGUGCUGCAGGAACUGGCCGACCAGAUCCAACGCGAGACGGGCAAAGAGAUGGACAUCGACGAGGUCGCCUUCGGCUUCCUGACCGUCGCCAACGAGACCAUGACGCGGCCCAUCCGGAGCAUCACCGAGGCCAAGGGCCACGACACGUCAAAGCACCGCCUGGCCACCUUUGGCGGCGCCGGCGGCCAGCACGCCGUGGCCAUUGCCGAGUCCCUGGGCAUCAAGCAGAUCCUCAUCCACAGGUACUCCUCGGUGCUCUCCGCCUACGGCAUGGCCCUGGCCGACGUGGUGGACGAGAGGCAGGAGCCGGACUCGACUAUCUGGACCGAUGACGGCGAUGUGGUAGAGCAGCUAAAGCGGAAGAUGGCCGGCCUCAGGGAGAAGUCCCGCCAGGCGCUAAGAGACCAGGGCUUCGAGGACGGCGAGAUCGUCUUUGAAGAGUACCUGAACAUGCGGUAUCGCGGCACCGAGUCGGCGCUCAUGAUCGUCAAGCCGGAAGCCGGCUGGGAUUUUGGCGCCGCCUUUGUGAAGCACCAUCGCUACGAGUUCGGCUUCACCCUCGACGACCGCGAGAUCAUCGUCGACGACGUGCGGGUGCGCGGCAUCGGCAAGAGCUUCCGCUACGACGAGAAGAGCGUGGACGAGCAGCUGAAAACGGUCACCCGCAGGGAUGUGACCCCCGACAAGAAGCACGGGGAGUCCAAGGUCUACUUCGAAGGCGGCCGCUUGGAUACGCCGAUCUACAAGCUCGGUGAUCUUUCUGUCGGGGAUGUCGUCAAAGGGCCUGCCAUCCUGGCCGACGGCACGCAGACGAUUGUAGUCACCCCCAGUGCCUCCGCCCUGAUGCUCGAGACGCAUGUGGUCAUUGACCUCCCCGAGAACGGGAAAGACAGAUACUCCAAAGCGUCAGCAGAGCGCGAGGUGGAUCCAAUCAUGCUCAGCAUCUUCGGCCACAGAUUCAUGGCCAUUGCCGAGCAGAUGGGACGGGCGCUCCAGAAGACGAGCGUCAGCACCAACGUCAAGGAGCGCCUCGACUUCUCGUGCGCCAUCUUCGACGCCUCGGGCGGUCUCGUCGCCAACGCACCGCACCUGCCGGUCCACCUGGGUUCCAUGUCGACGUGCGUGCGCCGGCAGGCCGAGAUCUGGAAGGGCAAGCUGAAGAAGGGAGACGUGAUCGUCUCCAACCACCCGUCCUACGGCGGCACCCACCUGCCCGACGUCACCGUCCUGAUGCCCGCCUUCGACGAGGCCGGAGAGAACAUCCUCUUCUACGCGGCGUCGCGCGCUCACCACGCGGACAUCGGCGGCAUCACGGCCGGUAGCAUGCCGCCGCACUCGCGGGAGCUCCACCAAGAAGGCGCCGCCAUCAAGAGCGAGAAGCUGGUCAGCGAGGGCAAGUUCGACGAGCAGCGCGUCAUCGAGCUCUUCUACGACGAGCCGGCCAAGCACCCCGGCUGCAGCGGCACGCGCUGCCUGGCCGACAACAUCAACGACCUGCGCGCCCAGGUGUCGGCCAACCAGAAGGGCAUCUCGCUGAUCGAGGGCCUCAUCGCCGAGUACGGCGAGGAGACGGUGCAGUUCUACAUGGUGGCCAUCCAGAACAACGCCGAGCAGCAGGUCCGCAGCCUCCUGCGCGCGGUGCACGAGCGCUUCGAGGGCGCCGACCUGUCGGCCGAGGACUUCAUGGACGACGGCAGCCCGAUCCGGCUCAAGAUCGCCAUCGACCCGGUCAAGGGCGAGGCGGUCUUCGACUUCGCUGGCACGGGGCCCGAGGUGUACGGCAACAUCAACGCGCCCGAGGCGGUGUCGUACAGCGCCAUCAUCUACGCGCUGCGCUGCAUGAUCUCGGAGGACAUACCGCUGAACCAGGGCUGCCUGAAGCCGAUCACGGUGCGCAUCCCGCCGCAGUCGCUGCUGUCGCCGUCCGAGAACGCCGCCGUGGUCGGCGGCAACGUGCUCACCUCGCAGCGCGUGACCGACGUCAUCUUCAAGGCCUUCCGCGCCUGCGCCGCCAGCCAGGGCGACUGCAACAACCUGACCUUCGGCUUCGGCGGCAACGUGGCCGGCCAGGCCGCCGUGCGCGGCUUCGGCUACUACGAGACCAUCGCGGGCGGCAGCGGCGCGGGGCCGACCUGGGAGGGCACCGACGGCGUGCACACGCACAUGACCAACACGCGCAUCACCGACGCCGAGGUGUUCGAGCGGCGGUACCCGGUGGUGCUGCGGGCGUUCGCCGUGCGCCGCGGGUCCGGCGGGCGCGGCCAGCACCGCGGCGGCGACGGCGUCGUGCGCGACAUCGAGUUCCGCAUCCCCGUCCAGGUCUCCAUCCUCAGCGAGCGCCGCGUCUACCGCCCCUACGGCAUGGCCGGCGGCGAGGACGGCCAGUGCGGCCUCAACCUGUGGGCCCGCCGCGUGCGCAAGCCCAGCUGGGAGCGCAGUCUUCGCCGGCUGCAGAAACAACAGCAGCAGCGGCAAUUCAACAACAGCAACAACAACAACCAAGGAGAAGACCAGAGUAAGCGGCAGGAGAACAACAACAACGACGACGACGACGACGAAGCCGAGUACGAGGAGCGGCUCAUCAACCUCGGCGGCAAGAACAGCGCGCUGAUGGCGGCGGGCGACCGCAUCAUCGUGUGCACGCCCGGCGGCGGCGGCUGGGGCCCCGUCGGCAAGGAAAAGGCGCUCGGCAGGGCGAAGGCGCUCGGCGGCGGCGGAGGGGCGGACCCGACGCGGAGCUGGAAGAAGGGGUCGCAUGCCGCGCGGGAGGAGACGGCGCUGCAGGCGUGA